AUGUUGAAGGCGUAUGCAAUCCAUUUCGACGACUUCGAUCCAAAAUCGGUACGCUUCAAAGUAGCAGAGGCCGGCACUGUGGUCGUCGUUAGAUAUGAGCCCGAAGGACGCAAUGAUGGCGACCGGGAGCAGGUCAAGGAAUAUAUCAUGAAAGAAUAUGGCUGCACAGCGCGAAAGGAUGGAACAGCCAACGAGAAGGCACAUGAUUAUACUUUCUUAAACCCCGAGGAGAAAAAAGCCGGUUUCUUGGUGUUCGACUUCCCGGUCCAUAAGGAAGCCUACCGAUGCCAAGAGGAGCUCGACGGGAAAAAGGCACUUGACAAGAUUGCUCUCCGCGUCGAAAAUCUCGCCGCUCGUGGUUUGCAGUUUUUUGACUAUUGUAGGCUCGAUAAUAAGAACAAAGACAGAGACGACUGGAUCGUAUGCGGGAGGGGGGAUAACAAGAACUGUGAAUUCCAUUGCGACGUCCCACAGGUGAAAGACUGA